GGAGAGCUCCUCGUGUCCGGGGGGUAGGCGCGGCUGUCACAACCAACCAAUGGACAACGGAAAGUUAAUUCGACAAACGUCUUUUCGUUGCUCAUAUGAAAACGGAAUACCAUUUAGUUGUUUUGUAUGAACAGUAGGUUUUGCGUCAUACAUAGACCACCCUUUAAAGCGAUUUUUCAGAGAAUUUUGAAUAUAGAAAUCAUUUCUAGAAAUGUUUUAUCUACUUUUUACGACGUUGGCACUUUGUCUCCAUACCUCAGUAUAUGCUCAAAACAAUGCCUCUGAAGAUAAACUUUCCCCGAGAACUUUCUCAGGGUUCUUCCUGACAGUGACGGACGAGCCCGUCUACCUUGACCUUGACUACUACCUUGACCUGGACCUGUGGGAUCACCACGGCGACAGUGGUUCUGGCGCGGAGCAGCCUGCGAAGGUCCACCCCCACCCCCACCCCAAGAAGAGCUACCACGUCUCCGAGAGGGCCCGCGCCUUCCUCCAGGGUCGCCUGGCGACCGCCUUCGUCCCCGCCGUCUACACCGUCGUCUUCCUCGUCAGCGUCCCCCUCAACCUGGUCGCCGUGGUGAUGUUCGCCCGGCGGAUCCGCCCACGGAAGCCGGCGGUGAUCUACAUGAUGAACCUGGCGUGCGCCGACCUGCUCUUCGCCUUCCUGCUGCCCUUCCGGAUCGCCUACCAUUUCCACGGCAACGACUGGAUCUACGGCGCCGGCAUGUGCCGCCUGGUGACGGCGGCGUUCUACUGCAACAUGUACUGCUCGGUCCUCCUCAUGAUGUGCAUCGGCAUCGACCGCUUCCUGGCCGUGGUCUAUCCCAUGGACUCCCUAGUGUGGCGGUGCCCGCGGACCGCGUCCGUGGUGUGCGGGGCGAUGUGGCUGCUGUCGGCUGGGGGGGUGACCCCUCUGCUCCUCUCCAGGCAGGACGUCCACCUGGCCGACCUGGGCAUCACCACCUGCCACGACGUGCAGGACGUCUCCAAGCUCCGCGCCUACUACCUGUACUUCUUCCCCAUCUACUCCUCCGUGUUCUUCUUCAUCCCCUUGGUCAUCACCGCCGUCUGCUACGCGCGCAUCGUCCAGGCCCUGGCCGCCGCCAACGUGGACAACCGCACCCGGAAGACCCGGGCGGUGGUGAUGGCCCUGACGGUGCUGGUGGUGUUCGUGGUGUGCUUCACGCCCACCAACGUCAUCCUGCUGGUGCACUACAUCAAGCUGUCCCAUCACCACGCCGACGGCUCCUACCAGGCCUACCUGCUCUCCAUGUGCGUGAGCAGCAUCAGCUGCUGCCUGGACCCCCUCAUCUACUACUUUGGCUCGUCCCAGUGCCAGAGGCAGGUGGCGGCCCUGCUCCGGUGCAAGGCCGGGGGGGCGGAGGUUGCCUCCCAGUCGGGCAGCACCAGGACCUCCAGGAUGGAGAGUCUGAGGAGCACCCUGGGAGGCCAGUACCGGAAACUGGUGGGCUGAGUCUCCGGAGCUGCAAGAAGGGGCUGAAAACACACUCCCGAUCCCCCCUCACCCUCACCUCCACCAACGCGGUCAUGACUGGGACAUUCAGUUAGUUGGCAGGUCUUAAAUGAGUGAAUUGGUAUAGUGGUAAAACUGGCAAGGCAGAGCUCAAACCCUUCUUGAAAAGGUGAAAGUGGAGAUGUAGUUUUGUACAGCAGAAUGGGGAUUAUGCGAUUUCUGUCAACUAGGUAACAGCACCUUAAUGGCGUGACUGAAAUGAAUAAUUUGCCUUACACAAAUAAUUCACUCAAUUAUUGCACUUAUUAGGAUUUAUCUUCAUUGUUUACUCAUUGUUUGUGCUGUGAACUCUUUUAAUACCAAGUAUCUUUGUAGCCAUGCACCAAUUGUUCCUGUUGUGGGCUCUCUGUAUGCACUUCACAUGUACUAUACACUGCAAUUCCUUGAUAUAUAUGUUUCUUUACUGUUGAAAUAAAAAGUGCAGUUACA